GACAGCCAUUAGCAGGCUCUUUGGUGCGUAACACACUGUACACAUCAAUCAACAUAUGGCCAACAGUAGUAGAGACCAACAUUUUGCUGUUGGCGAUACCCCGGGCUCUUGAGAAAAGCAAAAAAGUUGAUUGAUAUGCCAACACUACACUAAACUGAAAACUUUGAAUGCCCAUGGACUUUUUCUUUUCCAAAAUACUUGCACUUAGAAACCCACAAAGGCGCAGCGGCCACAGACGCUGGCAGCGAAAGCGACGACCCGCACACGUUCAGUAAGGCUGUCCAAGAGCACUUUAAGAGCGUGUUUAGCAGUACAAAGGCGGUUGAGCGCAUCCCAAUUUUGGAUCAGACGGGUAACCGGCCAAAGCCCGAAUUUGGCACCCUGGUGAGAUUCCGCUGCAUGGUGCAGGAUCCGAGCUACGGCGAGGAACUUCACAUGUCUGUGGCCCAUCUGGUGAACGCCAGCACCGGCGAGACCAAGCAGAUAUUCUCCCAGUACACUGAUGUGGACUAUGUCCUGGAGGACGGUUGGGAGAUCGACUACACCUCUGCUAAUAACUUGUUCACCGAGAAGGAAGUCGCAUAUUGUGUCUCCGUCCCCGGGCAAAGCGAAUGGGCACAGCUCGGGUCGACAGCUUUUCUGGACAGUGCGCUGGGAUCGCUCGCCAUUAGCUCUGACGAAAGCGGUGACGCGUCAGCUGGGCCGGCGACCAAGUACCCGCUGAAGGGGCAGAAGCACUCUGCCGCGCUGGUCAAGUUCUACGCACCUAGCACAGCGCCCAAGGUGUCUAGCCUCAUCGAUGUCGUUGGCAUUUACGAGCUGGUGUAUAGCUCCCGGGACCAGCACAGUGAGGGUGCCGAUGAGAACGCGCAGUGGCCCUGUGUGCACUCGAUUUUCCACGCUGACGUUUCACUGGAAAGCCUCGUGCCUGACCUACCCACGAUUGUUGCCGGGGAGUUUGCAGACCGACGCAACAUAUGUGUGAGCCACCUGGCGUCCGUUCUUGGCGGCGACGAUCUGGCCGCACACUACCUCUUACUCCAUCUUCUGUCGAAGACAGUCGCGGUGCAGGAUACCAAGGUGGGCAAGUUUUCACUUAAUCUGAUAGGGUUCCCCACGACGAGUAAGGACGCCAAGAUGUCUGCUGUGAACGGCGGCUUUGCGCUGAGCAACUUGUCCACCAAGCGGGUCGGCGACGCGUUGGCGCUGCUUUUGCCGCGCUGCGUGGAGAUUCCGUUCGAGCUGAAGCUGCUCAACGAGACGCCCUUCCUGCCCAACGCUGAGUCUGGCGACCUGCAUUCUGGCGCUCUGCAGCUGGCAGCCGGUACGCAGAUUGUCUGCGACGAGACAUGUCUGCACGAGGGCACCCUGGGCGAACGCGGUGUGCGCAACCUGCAUGCCCUGCAGACCACCAUUCUCGACCAAACCGUCACAUACGUGUAUCCCUUCCAACCGAUCGACAUGGCAACUAACCUGCGCGUGCUCGUGCUGUCGUCGGGAAAGUCGAUUCUGCAAAACGACUGUGACGUGUAUCUUUCAGAAUCCACCGUGCAGUUCCUGGCUGGUAUUGGGGAGGAUAGUGUGGACGAUUUGAAGCCCCUGGACCCCAUGCACACCGAGCAGUUGCGCCAGUACUUGGAGCAUGCGCGCCAGUUGGAGUUUGGCGUUCCAAAGGAUACCUCGGACAGGAUCUCCGAGGACUACGCAGACUUGCGGCGCAAGGCGCAUGAGAGGGGAGAGAAGAUGAUGACGCAGGCGGAGUUGGCCCUGGCCGUUACCGUCGCCAAGCUUGUCAGCAUUGGCAAGGGGGAGACGGAGCUCAGCUGGGAUUCAUGGAAGGAGGCGUGUGCUCUGGAAGAGCGCAGAAACGAGCGCAAUGCCCGCUUUUUGGCGAAGAAGGGUGCGCGCGCAUCGCUGAGUGCAGAGGCGGCUGACGGCGCCCAGUAGGGUAGAUUUCAUUUAUAUAAUCACGGGUGAAUGAUAAAAAUUAAGUUAUAUAGAGAGAGAGGAAAUAGAUUCAUUGAGCGAGAUAUAAAA